AUGACACAGCGUACGGCGCCGUUCCCAACACGACCGGUGGCCCAGCUACUCGGGUCAAAUGGCCCCGUCCACGCCCUCGCCUACUCUGCCUCCCCCGGCACGUACAUCUUAACGGGCUCCUCCGACCGCUGCAUCAGGCUGUACAAUCCCUCCUCCACGACCCCGUCGUCCAAGAACAGCACUAUCACCACCCCCGCGACAACCAACCCCCCAAAGACGCCACCCCUCCCCGCAGGCAAGCUCAUCCAAACCUAUGCCUCGCACGCCUACGAAGUCCUCUCCCUUUCCAUCUGCCAGUCCAACGCGCACUUCUGCUCCGCGGGGGGCGACCGCGCCGUCCUCCUCUGGGACGUCUCGACAGCCCAGACCGUGCGGCGCUUCGGCUCCUCCUCCACCUCGCACUCCCACACGGGGCGCAUCAACGCCGUGACGUUUGCGGGGGCCGACGACAGCCUGAUUAUCUCGGGCGGGGUGGACUGCACCGUGCGGGUGUGGGAUGUCCGGAGCAACAACCCGCGUCCCGUGCAGGUUCUCCACGACGCCAAGGACGCCGUGACGGCAUUGGCCGUCGGGGACGGCGAGAUUGUGGCCGGGAGUGUCGACGGCAGGGUCAGGGGAUAUGAUAUCCGCACGGGCCGCUGUGUGGUGGAUGUGUUCCCCGCGAGCGUGACGAGUGUUUGCGUGGCGAGGGAUGCGCGGACGGUGUUGGUGGGCUCGCUGGAUAGUCGACUACGGUUGAUGGAUCGGAGGGAUGGGGCGUGUUUGAGGACUUUUGUGGCGGGCGGAUGGAGGAACGAGGAGUUGAGGGUGCAGAGUGUCUUUGGCGGCGGGGAGAGGUUCGUUGUGGUCGGGGACGAGAUGACCGGCCAGGACAUAAAAGGGGGGGAUGGGAGCGAGGGACGGGUGUGGGCGUGGGAUGUGUUGACGGGUAAGUUGGUUGCGACGCUGCCUGUUCCGUGGGGCCAUGGGAACGAGGCCAGAAAAAAGGUUAUUGGCAGGGAUGGGAAGGAGAAGGAACGGAAGAACGUGGUGAGCUGCAUUGCGUGGAAGGAAGGGGGGUUCGGGAACCAGUUCUGCGUUGGCGGGACGUCGGGAGUAGUCACGGUGUUUGGCGAGGGUUGA